GCCUAGCGGCGUUGUUUCGCGCCAACGAAUCUAAACAACGAGAGUUAAAAAGGCGGGCUUUGGCUCUGGUAGGGUUACAUUGGGGGUAACGGUACGCAAUACGUGGUACGUUUGUGAAAAUAAUAUUUGUUCGCGUUUGCGAUUGACAUACGUAAAAGAGACUAUGUCGCAACCAUCAGUAACGGCAUACUUUAAUACGCGCAAACGGCAAGGGUGCGACGAAUUACGUUCCAAGGCGAAGAUUUUGCUGCUGGAGCGAGAUAAUCAGACGCAAACGAGUAUCGAGAAUUUGGAAAAAUCUCCGACAAAUACGGGAACUAGUCCGAAAAUCGUGUUGCAGAAUGCUACCACGAUGUUGAAGGAAGGCGUUCGGAUUAAUAAAGCGGUCCGUAAUAUCCAAUUCGAUUCUUCGAAAACGUUCCCUGAGAAAACGAAUAGACCUAAAACACGAGCCACUCGCUCUCGUCCAUUGCCCUCUAUGGAUGGAAAUCAAGCGGAUAUUAGAGAUAGCUUUUUGAAGGUGGGCAAUGAUUCUUCAGAGAUAAAAAAAGUUCCGUUUGAGAAGAAAGGUACGCUUAGUCCGAGGAAGUCGCAGACAACUAAGAAGACAUUGAAGGAUAACGCGAUGAAAGAAACUGAAAAGGAACAUUUUGCCAACGGCUCUCUCAUUCCAUCCUCGUCAAGAAAACUUUCGACGAUGGAGAGAUUUGUAAAAAAUGAAAAUUUAAACUUGACCGACAUCAAAAACAGAAUUAACAAAUCUUCCAGAUUGGCAGAGCUGAAAGCUAUAACGCAACAAUUUGCAAAGUAUGAUCUGGCAUUGGAACAAUUGCAAAAACAAGAUGAGAUUAAGAAACCUUAUAUGCAAAAGUUUGAGAAGGUGGAACUCGAAAUACCCGUAAGUCCACAAAAGACAUAUAAAUCCCCAAUCAAGGGAUUACUUACUCCAAUCAAGGAGAGAGAUUUGUCAAAGACAGCCAGUCCACAGAGGCAAAUUUUGUUUGAGCCUAAAGAAACAGUGUCAAGUCCAGGAAAAUCCAGUCCUAUUAAGGCAUAUCAGAAAUAUCUGUCAGUGGCUGAAUCUGGAUUAGCAUUGCCAUAUGAUUAUAGAUUCCUAGCUGAAGUAUUCAGAUGCAUAGAUACGGUUUCAGCAAUGCUGUUUAACAGAAAAGAAUUGAUAACAUUUAAUAAACUGAGACCUGCAGUUCAAGAAUUGCUACGUCGUAAUUUUACGCAAGAGCACCUAGCUCAAAUAAAAACUAUUUAUCCUGAUGCUUAUGUGUACCAUCAAGAGAAACAUCGAAAUUUUGGUUCAGUGUCCAAGCAAGAAAAAUAUGAAUUAGUUCUAACACCUACGGUUGAAAAAAUUAAUGGGAGAAAUACGCCUGAUGUAGAUAACAUAUUAAAAGCUGCGGCUGAAAGUAGUAUGAGCCCUACCAUACUGCUGGAAAGAAGGAAGAAAUUUUAUAAUGCUUUAUUAGAGAGGGUAAAGAAUGAACAUGAAAAAUUUUUAUUAACCUUUGAAACUCCAAAAUUAAUGAAUAUACCAAGAGAGAAAAUAGUACGCUGGCAUCCCGAAUUUGAUGUGGAAUCUUGCAAGAAAAUUGAGCAAGCUGCAUUACCACAACCACCUUAUGUUGAAAAACCAACUGCUAGGGAUGUUCUUGACAAAGCUAAAUCUUUGUUUAAUUGUGGUACACGUAUGGAAAAGGCAUUGCAAAGGCUCGCUGAAGCAAAUCUAACUACUAAAUCCAAAUCUUCACUUUCUACACAAGAUUCUACAACCCAAACAACAAAAGAUGAUAUUCCAAAGGUUAACAUUGCCAUUGUGGACAAUCCACCAAAUACACCAUCCAUACAAACUGAUCAUUUCGCAACACUAUUUAAAGGCAUCCCUAAGGCUUUGCUCGAAAAGGUUCGUGCUAAACAAGCAGCCAAGGCAUUAGAAGCAAUGACGAGAACACCAAACGCAGACAAAGAGGCUGUAUUAUAUUCCAGACUUCCCGAAUUAGCAAAGCUCAUUCGCAAUAUUUUCGUGACAGAAAAGAAGGGCGUUUUACCACUGGAGAUAGUCAUACAAAAGUUAGACAAUUCUUUUAGAACGAAAUUAAUGUUACAAGAAAUGGAGGAACACAUACGACAACUGUGCAAGCUUUUACCUACGUGGGCCAGUAUACAUAACGUACGAAAGGUGGAUUAUUUGAAAUUAGAUAAAAAUGUUGACCUUGCUAAAGUGAUUAAUCGAUUAGAAAUUUUAGCCAAUGAUAAAGUUAAGAUAGCGUCUUAA